CUCUCUCACGUAUAUAUAUAUAUAUAUGUAUAUAUAGACAUAAACAGAAGAAAAAAGAAGAAAGAAAAAGUGGAAACCGAUUUUUGAGUAUCUUCCCUCUGGCGCCUCCUUUCCCUCAAUUUCCGGCCACCCUUCCGUGCAACUCCAUACUUUCCGCCCACUUAUAAACCAACCAAAUUCCUUCUUACCUUUCCCAUUUCCCUUUCCUCCACACAAUGCAGUCCUCAGCUUCUCCGGUCAUCCUCCCCAUUUCCAAUCCCCAAUCCCAACCUCAAAUCCCCCUUUCUUCCUUCUCUAGCCAUCUCCUCCUCUCCCUCCGCCACGCCUUCUCCCGUCGCCGCCCUUGGCCGGAGCUCCUAGAUCGCUCCGCCUUCUCCAAGCCUGAAUCCCUCUCCGAAGCCACUCUCCGCAUCCGCAAGAACUACUCCUAUUUCCGCGUCAAUUAUUUCACCAUCAUAGCCCUAAUUCUUGCCAUUUCACUUUUCUCCAAUCCUUCCUCUCUCUUCCUCUUGAUCGCCCUUCUUUGCUCUUGGAUCUUCCUCUAUCUCUUCCGCCCCUCCGAUCAGCCGCUUGUUCUGUUUGGUCGCCACUUCAGAGAUAGCGAGAUCUUGAUUGGUCUCGUUGUUUUCACCGCCUGUGUUGUUUUUCUCACCAGCGUUGGAUCUGUUCUUGUUUCUGCUUUCACCGCCGGUUUCGCCGUCGUCUGCGCUCACGGUGCUCUCCGAUCUCCCGAUGAUCUGUUCCUGGAUGAGCAGGAAGUUAAUACGACUGGGUUUCUCGGUAUCUUCGCUGGCGCUCCCUCCUCCUCCUCCUCCUCCUCCUCCUCCUCUGGCGCCGCUCCUUCCGGCAGAUAAAAUAUUGUGACCAUUCCGAAAAUUGAAUACACAUGUGUGUUCAUUUGAUUUGUUCAUUCUAUUAUUUUGUUUGUUUGAAUAUUCUUCUUCUUCGAUUGAAAUUUGGUUGGGGAAUUUGAUUUUAAUUUUUAAGGCUGCACAUUUAUGUUUACGUUAAUAGUUUGUAUCAAUUUAGGUUUGAUUCUUCAACCUAAUGGUUUCUUCCUUUAUAUUUUUUAAAAUUCUAUUGUAAAUUUGUUGUACUCAACAUCAACUUGGAGAGUAAUGCACUCUUUUCAACCUUACCUCUUC